AUGAGGCCGGGAAAGCGCCGGUACCGCACCGCGGGAGAAGAGGCUGGGAGCGGCGACGAAGGAGCAGCGCAGGGCGAGGGAGUGCCCGGGGCGGGGGCGGCCGGGUGGGCCGGCAGAGAACAGCUCGGGCACGGCCCGGCGCAGGCGGGCAUCGAUCCUCGGGAGCACCGAGCCCGCGGCGCUGCUCCCGCGCCGUCGGCAGAGGGCACUGCCCGGCCCAGGCCGCUAACAGCGGCGCAGCACCGCCGGGAGCGGGCGCCUCCACCCUCACCGCGGGCGGCGGGCAGGGACUCGCGAUGGGCCCCGGGCCGGCCCCGCCCGCCGCCUCGGGACGGGACCGGACGGGACCGGGCUGCGCGCGCGCCAGCGGGGCCUGCGCGCGGCCCCCGCGGCAGCAGCGCACGGCGCCCUCCCAUUGGCCGACGCGGCAGAGGGCCAGGCGGGCGCGCGCCGCUCUCACUGGCUGCGCCCCGCCCCCCGCCCCGCCCCUCCUCCUCUUCCCCCCGCCCGCCCUCCCUCCCCCCCCCCCGCGCACGCCACGCGCGCACGGACGGGACGGAGACGGCGCGCGAGACGCAGCGCGAGCGGAGCCGCCAGGGCGCGCGAGACGGGAAGAGCUGCCGCUGCCGCCGCCGCCGCCAGGCCCAGCCCAUCCCAUCCCAACCCGCCGAGCGGGGGGGACAGGCGGGGCAGCCCCGCCCCGCCUGCGCCGGAUCCCGCCGCCGCCGCCGGAGGGGGCGGGAGGGAGCGCGGGCCUUAACCGGCCGAGCCGAGCCCCGCGCCGGGCGGCACCAGCCCCGCCGCCCCCUCCCUCCUUCCCCGCGACCCACCGACCGCCCCCCCCCCAAGCCCGGCCCUCCCCUCGGCGCGCGCCCAUCCCCCUCCCCGCGCCGUGUCCCGGAUGGAGCCGCCCGGCCCGGCCCGGCCCGGCCCGGCGGGGGUUCGCCAGGCCGGCCCCACCUCCAGCCCCGCGCCCCCUCGGCCCGCGCAGACCCGGGGGGGCCCGGGGUGGCCCUCGCACACAAUGCGGAGGUAGGGCCGCGCAGGCCCUGCCGCGCCCCCGCCGUCGCCUCAGCCCGGGCCGCGGCCGGCGCGGCGGAGCCGGGCGCACGUGCGGGCGGCGGGGCCGGGCGGCCCCGCGGGGCGGGCGCGGCGUGGCCGGUGCUCGCUCACCUGGGGGGCGCCGGGGCCGCCGGGUGGCGCCGCGCGGGGGCCGCCGCCGUCUCCGCGCCCGGCAGCAGCAACAACGGAGUCAGCGCGGCGGCGGCGGCGGCGGCGGCUUUUCCUGUCCGGUUACGUUCGGGUCACAUGACCGGGAGCGGAGCACAGAGGCUGCGGCGAGGAGCCCCCGCCGUGGGGGAGGGGAGGCGGCGAGUGCUGUGGCGGCAGCGGCAGCAGCAGCGGGAGACACCCAGCCCCCGCCCCUCCCUCCGCGCCCGCCCCACCGCCGGCACCGGGCACGGGACCGGCCCUCCCGCCCUCCGGGCACCCCCGGACGAACGCUGCCGCCGCCCCCAUCCCAGCGGGGCGCACUGCCCCUUUAAAACUCCCGGGCGGCGGGGGCUGGUGUGCCCUGCGCCGCCAGCGCUGCGGGGAUAACGGGGACUGUGGCGCCGUGCGGGGCCGGGAUUGGGAUGGGAUGAGAUGGGGCGGUGCUGCGCCCGCCGCCCUCUUUCUGGCGUCCGCCCGGCCUCGCCGCGGCGGCAGAGGCUUCUCGGUGCCGCCGCCGGGGGCCACCGGGCGGCUCCCGUCGGGCGGUGCUUGGCGGCAGGCGUGGGAUGGAUGGAUGGAAGCCGCCGGGUUCUGACCCCGCGCUCGCUCCCGGGGAGGAGUGGCGGGCGCAGGUGACCCUUACUGGUUGGAGUAAACCCAUUUUGGUGAAGACUCAAACAGCAGGAACUGUGUAGUGAUGGUUGUUUUCAAUUACACUAUGAAGGCGUGUGGUAGAUGAGGCAGGUGAAAGAUGA